CGGGUAUGGUUUCGAUUGGCCAGCAAUAUUUGUUUUACGUACAGUUGUUGUCUUGGAAACGCAGCAAACAGUAACUUACUAAACGAACGUUUAACGAUUUCGCUUUUAUCACUCACGCCAAACAAAACAUGUCCUCUGUUUUGAUGGACAAUAACGCCAAACCAAAGUCCAUGAGUCGAGCAAAGCAAUGGACAGGUGAGGUUGAGAACCUGUACAGAUUCCAGCAAGCUGGAUACAGAGAUGAACUGGAGUACAGACAAAUCAAGCAAGUGGAGAUUGACCGUUGGCCAGACACUGGGUUUGUAAAGAAGCUUCAACGUCGAGAUAAUACAUUUUACUACUACAACAAAAAGAGGGAGUGUGAAGAUCGAGAGGUUCAUAAAGUAAAGGUUUAUGUGUACUGACAGCCCUAACUCAACCAGCACUUGGGAUAGUUCACCCAAAAAUGAAAAUUCAUCUUUAACUCACCCUCAUGUUUUUACAAACCUGUAUUCAUUUCUUUCUUUUGCUAAAUACAAAGGAAGAUAUUUUAAGCCAUUUUUGAACUGACUGAUAUUUUUCCUACUAUGGAAGUCAGUGGUGCUUUUGUUUACUGCUUUCUUGCAAAUAUUUUACUUUGUGUUCAAAGAAAUGUAUACAGAGGUUUGUAACAACAUGAGAGAGAGUAAAUUAUGACAGAAUUUUUAUUUUUGGAUGAACUAUCCCUAUAACCCAUGUUUCUUUUUUUAAGUAUGAGUACAGAUGUCAAAGUCUUCAUCUUGUCAUUGUACAAAUUGAUCUAAAUAAUUUUUUUUUCAAGUGAACAAACAAUUUGAUGAUUUGUAUUUAAAUGUAAACAUUGAAUUGUUAAAUUAUUAACAAUUUCAAAUGUAGUAAUACCAGAAUAAACCAGCUGUUAAAACAGAUUGU